ACACAGUUUUAUAUUCAAUGUCAUGGAGAAAAAUCAAGCCAUGUUUCCAGUUUCUAUCAUUCUUUUUUCACUCUUGCUUCAAUCACUUGUUAUGGCAGCUAUAGAGCCAAAUUCUGCUGCUAAGGAUAAUAGUUUUGAGUGCAUUGAGAUGGAAAGAAAAGCCCUUCUUAAGUUUAAAGAAAGUCUAAGUGAUCCUUUUCAUUGACUAUCUUCAUGGGUUGGCAGUGAUUGCUGCAAAUGGGUGGGUGUAAGAUGCAACAAACAUGCAGGGAAUGUGAUAAGGCUAAACCUCAGAGGCACAGAAAUCUGUUCCAAGGCUACAAAUGAGUCAGCCACACACACCAAAUGGCCUUUGAGUGGUGAGUUGAAUGCUUCUCUGCUUGACUUGAAACAUUUGAACUAUUUGGACUUAAGUCACAAUGAUUUUGAGAAUGUUCAAGUCCCAUCAUUUUUAGGUUCACUUGAUAAGUUGUGGUAUCUCAAUUUAUCCCGUUCAUCCUUUGCUGGAAAGGUUCCUUCUCAGCUAGGAAACUUGUCUAAUUUGCAGUAUCUUUCUUUGUCAACGCCUUCCUCUUCAUUGUGGUCUUCUGAUUUGAGUUGGUUGUCUGGUCUUACAUCUCUCCAAUAUCUAGAUGUGAGUGGUGUGAAUCUCAGUAGAGCAUCAAGUUCAUGGCUCCAAUCUAUCAAUAGGGUUCCAUCUCUUUCAUUUUUGAGGUUAUCUGAUUGUAAACUUUCUGCUUUACCUCAAACUCUUCCAUUUUUAAACCUUACAUCACUUUUAGUUCUUGAUCUUUCUUUCAAUUCGGUUGAUUCCUUGAUACCAGGAUGGCUGUCCAAUAUCAGUACCUUGAUAGAACUUGAAUUAGACGGUGCAGGACUUAAAGGUCCCAUCACUGAGGUUUCAUGGGGAAAUUUUCGCAAGUUACAUAGUUUAGACUUGUCAUCAAACCUUGAGAUUGUUGGUGAUGUUGAAGGACUUGUGGAGGCUUUAACAAUAUGUACCAACAGUAGCAUAGAGAAACUAGAUUUGUCCUUCAAUAAACUUACAGGGAAUUUACCAACCUCAUUGGGUUACCUUAAAAAUUUGAGAACCAUUAUGUUAAAGGGUAACAAAUUGUCUGGUUCAAUUCCUUCAUCCAUUGGAAAUUUGUCAUAUUUGACAUUUCUUGGCCUUUCUCACAACAUGAUGAAUGGGACUAUUGCACCUAACAUAGGUCAGCUCACUGAACUGGUGACACUGAACCUUGAUGGGAAUUUUUGGGAAGGCUUUCUAACUGAAAACCAUUUCCAUAACCUCACAAAGUUGUCCACAUUUUCUGUGUCCUCCAAAAGGGGGUCUUUAACUUUCAACAUCCCACAAAACUGGGCUCCAUCUUUUAAUGUAGUGUAUCUGAAAAUUCAUGACUGUCAAUUAGGCCCUGAGUUUCCUGCAUGGCUCAAAACUCAAAGCAACCUAAUGACCAUUGUUCUCAAAAGCACUGGAAUAUCAGAUAGAGUGCCAAAUUGGUUUUGGGAUUUCUCACCACAGAUCACUACUAUGGACCUCUCCUACAACCAAUUGAAGGGAAGCCUUCCAAAGUCCUUACACUUUUGUGAUUUUGCAUAUGUUAGUUUGGGGUUUAAUGCCUUGGAAGGGUCAAUUCCAGUUUGGUCUGGUGUGACUUUUCUUUAUCUAAGCAACAACUUUCUCUCUGGCUCAAUUCCUUCAAAUAUUGGCCAAGGCAUGUCACAGUUGGAAGGUUUGGAUCUUUCAGGGAACUUUAUAACUGGCAGCAUACCUUCAUCCAUGAGUUUGCUAAGUGAUUUGACUUUACUUGAUCUUUCAAACAACAGUUUAUCAGGGAAAAUACCUUUAUAUGGAGAGGGACACAAGCUAAGCCUUUAUACCAUUGAUCUAUCAGGCAACAAUCUAUCAGGAGGAAUCCCUGCUUGGAUGUGCACAACACCUUCACUUAGGGUAGUUCAACUAAGCAACAAUAAUCUUUCUGGGGAGAUUUCAUCUGUGUUGCCAAAUUGCCCCCAUCUGUACACAAUAGAUCUUGGAGAUAAUGCAUUUUUUGGAUCCAUAACAAAGUGGCUCGGGAAUAACAGAACUUGGAUAAAUGAGCUAAGACUACAAGGCAAUGCACUCACUGGAAACAUCCCUGAAAGUUUGUGCCAGCUACCAUACCUUCAUCUUCUUGAUCUUUCACACAAUAACUUAUCAGGCCAUAUCCCUCCAUGCUUAGGCAACAUGACAGGUUUCAAAGCACCGAGUGAUUAUUAUAUUGGCCGAGAUAAUUCUGUAGUGUACUAUGAGCACAUGGAUUUGUAUGUGAAAGGAAGAUUAAUCGAAUACACAUCACAGAUGCAUGUUAUAAAUCUUAUUGAUCUUUCCUGCAACCAUCUAUCUGGGGAGAUCCCACACUCACUGACAGAACUCUCAUACUUAGUUUCCUUGAACCUGUCUUGGAACCAAUUAACUGGAGGCAUUUCAACAAACAUUGGAGCGCUACAUCAAUUGGAAAGCCUUGACCUUUCCAACAACAAUCUCUCAGGUCCAAUACCUCCAAAUAUGGCUUCCUUGACUUUCUUGGGACAUUUGAACUUGUCCUAUAACAACUUGUCUGGUGAAAUACCAACAACAAAUCAGUUCCAUACUUUGAUAGAUCCCUCCAUCUAUGAGGGCAAUCCACACCUUUGUGGGACACCUCUGUCUGUUAAGUGCUCAGAGCAUGUUGAUGAAAGCACCACAGCUAAUGACACAGAAGAAGAUCAAGACAGUUCCCAUAAUAAACUAUGGUUAUAUUUGAGCAUAGGACUUGGCUACAUCGUCGGUUUUUGGGCUGUUUGUGGCAGCUUAGUAUUGAAGAAAUCUUGGAGACAUGCCUAUUUUCAGUUUGUUGAUUCCAUGAAGGAUUGGAUUUUGCUUGUUACAAUUGUGAAUUGGAUUAGAAUUAAAAGAAAACUGAACCUAGAAAAAGAUUGAGAUUAUCUCUCUUUUGUACCACUGAUUAUUUGUAAUUUGUGAUUCUGGGAAUGAUGAAUUGAAU